CCCAAUGCAAACUCAGUUCUUUGCGUUCAUUUCAUUCUUGUCCUCAUUCCGCGCAUACUUCACAUCGCUGUUAGAUACGCGGGAUUGUCGCGCUCUUGCGCUCGCACGAGAAGGAAAAACGCGACCAGCUGGAAAUAAAUCCGUGCGUGUGCCCGAUCAGAUCGCGAGCUUCACGCGCGUUUGUAAGACUGAGAUUGUACAAACACCAGCAGAGAUUUUCAUCACUUGUGGAUUUUCCUGCGACCCGUGCCAGCUGCUUCACCACAAUCUCGCUGUAACUGUUAGCGUUCCCCAGGACCGGGCUCGGAGGUCCCAGCCUUUGCCAUGGAUCCCAGCAGUUGGAGUGGCAGCGAAAGUGCCGGGGAGGAUAUCGAAAGAAUGAGCGACUCGGCCGAUAAGCCAAUGGACAAUGACGCUGAGGGCGUAUGGAGUCCUGAUAUCGAGCAGAGCUUUCAGGAGGCCUUGGCUAUCUACCCACCCUGCGGCCGACGGAAAAUCAUCCUGUCGGAUGAGGGGAAAAUGUAUGGUCGCAAUGAAUUAAUCGCCAGAUACAUCAAACUCAGAACGGGAAAGACAAGGACAAGAAAGCAGGUCUCCAGUCACAUUCAGGUUCUUGCCCGACGGAAAUCCAGAGAAUUUCACUCCAAGCUAAAGGACCAUACUACGAAGAAUGAUGCCAUCAACAGGAUGGCAGCAAUGUCUUCCGCACAGAUCGUCUCGGCCACGGCCAUCCACAACAGACUGGGACUGGCAGGGAUCCCACGACCCACGUUGCCUGGAGCAGCAGGGUUUUGGCAGGUGUCAACAGGACAGCCGGGAUCAUCGCAAGACAUUAAACCAUUCACGCAACAGAAUUAUCCAAUCCAGACAGCCACAGCCAUCACAGCUUACGAGUCCCCAACACCCCCAUCAAACGCAAGGCCGGCUUGGCACGGGCGGUCCAUCGGCACCACCAAACUACGUCUGGUAGAGUUUUCAGCCUUCCUGGAGCACCAGCGGGACCCAGAGUCGUACAACAAGCAUCUGUUUGUGCACAUCGGCCAGACGAAUUAUUCGUACAGCGACGCGCUCCUGGAGACGGUGGACAUAUGUCAAAUCUUCGACAAAUUCCCAGAGAAGAAGGGCGGACUGAAGGAGCUGUUCGGAAAAGGUCCACAGAACGCCUUCUUCCUGGUCAAAUUCUGGGCUGACCUGAAUUGUAACAUCCAGGAAGAUUCUGGAGCGUUUUACGGCGUGACCAGUCAUUACGAAAGUUCAGAGAAUAUGACCAUCACCUGCUCGACAAAAGUCUGCUCCUUCGGAAAACAAGUGGUUGAAAAAGUUGAGACAGAAUAUGCACGGUUUGAGAAUGGCCGUUUCGUUUAUAAAAUCAAUCGGUCCCCCAUGUGUGAAUACAUGAUCAACUUCAUCCACAAACUGAAACAUCUGCCUGAGAAAUACAUGAUGAACAGCGUACUAGAGAACUUCACCAUCCUACUGGUGGUGACGAACAGAGAAACGCAAGAGACCCUGCUGUGCAUGGCCUGCGUGUUCGAGGUCUCCAACAGCGAGCACGGCGCACAGCAUCACAUCUACCGCCUGGUCAAGGAUUGAAGCUCCGUACGAAUCAAACUAAGAGGAUUUCAGCUCCCUGCUGGCCACAGAGAGGAAAAACUGAACACUAGAGACUUAAUAUUCACGGAGACUUUUAGCCAACUACACAGCCAAUGGCUGUAGAGGACUAAAACAAGCCUUUCGAUGACUCACAACCUCAAUUUAAGCGGCUGUGCCUGUAUCAGUCCCACCCAAAAGGCUUUUGUCACGUUUUGGGUGGGGUCUAAAAUAAUUACAUUUAUUAUCAUUUUUGUCAUUCGUGUUUGUUUGUUUGUUUCAGUAAAUUGGAGGUACGGUUUUGUUACGUUAUUUGUUAUUAACCUGGUUGAUGUGUUUAACUGACAUUGUUUCGGAAGGAUGUUGCUUAUAUAAAGUUGUAUCGGUAUAGUACACGCAAGCUUUGUUUCUGUUGUGCUAUCUGUUAUUCUCACACUGAACACUAAGACUUUUACCCCCGGGUGUUUUUCACUCUUAGUGAAUUUAACUUUUUUAAAAGAGCAUUAAAAAUGUACUGUAUUAUUUAUGUGGAACCGCCUGCCUUACGCUGCACACGGGCUCUUUCAGUGUGACCUACGAUUAAAGAUACUAAAACAAAAAAA